AGCGGUUUGCGCGGUGACAGGCAGCUCGUGAUCAUCUUUUUCUCCGGCGAUCAAUGUUGAAUUCUAAUCUGAACCGAUUUUUUCAACCCUUCUAUUUUUGUUGAUUUUUUCUGUACAUUAAUUGCCUCUGUUCAUAGUUGCAAACUGUUCGAAAUUAUCGUAUGCUUAAAAAAAAUGCUUCAGACGACAUCUUGUAAUUGUUUAUUUUGAAUCAGUUUGGAUAAUACACCAUGGAAAAUUGAACUUAUUAUAAACAUGGAACUGAAAAACUGAAGUUAGCGAAAUAGAUUCAUAUUUUAAGGAAAAUAUUUAAUUGCCAGGUAUUUUUUUGCUAUUAGAUAUUUCGGAAAAAAAUUCUAUAUUUUUCAGUAUAACAAUUCUAUUUAAGAAAAGUAUAUAUAUCAAAAGAAUGAGUAAGAAACGUUAAAAAUGUGAUACCCUAUAAUUAUUGCAAAUGAAUAUGAAGCUUUGAUCAAGGUGUUUGAAAUAUAUGAAUACGUUUCACGAGUUUUAAGCUCACCACCAGGUAUCUUGAAUUUUUUAAAGUUAAUGCUCUAAAAAUUCUAUGCAAGUUAUAUUUCAUGGAAAUGCAAUAUGUUUUCCAAAAUUUUUAAUUUAACUUUUGUUAUCAAUCAAAAUGGAAUUUUUCGUCUAACUUGGAAAUAUCACAGAUGAUUCCAAAUAAAAUUUAAAAAUUCUUUCAUUUACAAUAUUGCAAUAUUAUGUGCACAUUAAAUUUUCCCUCGGAAGAAAGAAUAUUUAAUAAAUAUAUGUUUAUUUCAAGAUUAUAAAAGAUUUUAUCUUCGACUUGUGAUAAUUAGAACAAAAUAAGGAGACAGAAUACUGAAAAUUGGACUAUCAGUUUCAGUUGGAUAUUUCAAAAUCUACUUUAUGUUGAAUUCUUAAAGUACAUUAGAAUUUUUAAUUUGGCGUAGAAUUCUUUAUUCGAUUUAGAAUUUGUACUUUCGAGUAGAUUUUUUUAAAUUCAGUAGUUUAGAGUUUUUGUUUUCAUUUGUAAUUUAUUGCACCUGUUAGUGAAUUUUAUGAUGGGGCCGAUACCAGAAUCCCGUGUGAAAAAGAAUGACGCGAUUAGUGAAUCGAAUGACAUACUCUGGUUGAGCCAAAUCAUGGAAAACUUAUCUCUAGACAGUGGUGUAGUGGAUUGCGAAUCACCUGAUUCCACUGGUUGCUUGCAGACGAAUUUCAGUGUAACGUCGAAUGACACAGAACUAUUCGAAGAUUGGAGAGACUACAUGGGUGAUAAACAAGAUCCCCAUGCCCUUCCCAUGACUGUAGUGUACACCAUCAUUUUUCUGACUGGAAUCAUCGGCAACGUGUGCACUUGCAUCGUCAUUUCGCGGAAUCGAUAUAUGCACACUGCUACAAACUAUUACCUUUUCAGCUUAGCAAUAAGUGACUUAUUACUUUUGCUGCUAGGGUUACCACAAGACAUAAGUCAACUAUGGUCAAAAUACCCAUACAUGUUAGGGGAAAUUUUCUGCAUUGUGCGUGGUUGGACUUCAGAGGCAUCAACAAAUGCCUCUAUUUUGACUAUAACAGCUUUUACUGUUGAGAGAUAUUUAGCUAUCUGUCAUCCAUUAAAAGCCCAUACAAUGUCCCGUCUUUCCAGAGCUAUCAAAUUUAUAAUAGCUAUCUGGAUACUCGCUGCUCUGUCUGCCAUUGGAAUCGGAUAUCAGCUUGGAAUCAUCUACGAAAGAGAGUAUGAUGGAAGCAUAGCUCUGGAAUCGGCUAUGUGCAGUGUUAAAGACGAAAAGAAGCUUCAGCAUUCCUUUGAGGUUACCACUCUCUUAUUCUUCUUUUUUCCUGGUACUGUAUUGAUUAUACUUUAUGUCCUCAUUGGUUUGCAAUUGAAAAGAUCCUCCGAUAUGGGAAGGAAACAUGAAAUAAGAUCAAAUGCAACCAACUUGAAUGGUUCUUCUAAACUGCAGGGAAGAGUUUUGAACAAUCAAGGAAAAUCAGUUUGCCGGAAGACGUCCACGGCUUCUCGAAAGGAUGUCAUCAAGAUGCUCUUUGCUGUUGUCAUCGCCUUUUUUCUGUGCUGGACACCAUUCCAUGCGCAACGGUUAAUGGCCAUCUACAUAUCGAAUCCCACAGAAUACGAUUACACAAUAUUCAGCUUCUUAACCAACAUCUCCGGAAUAUUAUACUACGUCAGCGCCACCAUCAACCCCAUACUUUACAGCAUACUCUCACUCAAGUUUAGACACGCUUUUAGAGACACUCUGGGACGCUGCUUGGGUAGAAGCGUGGGCCGAAAAAACCGAUGCAGAAGUCGAACCAUGAGCUACUUCAACAGUACCCUUAAGUCUGGAAUGGAACUGACUGAGGAUUUUACCAUUGUUUCUGAAGCACCCGGAGGACACGAGCACAUACACAUGAAUUUAAAUGGUGGACAUAAUGGCAGGAAGGUAUCCCGUCUGCUUACAACCACGAGUGGUAAUGGCACUUCGAUUUCUUCGGCGGAGGACAGUAGAUUGCCCAAGAAGAAAACGAGUAGUACCAUUAGUAAUGCGUCACUGAGGAUGGACGCCUUCGACGAUGCCAGUGUUUCAGUUUUUAUCGAUCAAAUGAAAGAGCCAUAUUAAGAUGCAUGUGACUCGCAUGUAAAAUAGCUUACAUUUUUAAUUAUUUAAAGUUGCAAAUACUCUUAUUCCAUGUGCCAGCUCGACAAGGUCUGUAUGCAGUCUCCGACGAAAUUAUUAGACGCAUUAUAAGAUUCUAUGUAAAAACUUAAUUAUCAAGUGACACUAUACAGCUUUAUUUUUUGACACGACUGAAACCAGUUUGCACUUGUUUCCGUUCGUGUACCAAUUGAUUAAAUUAGGCGAUAUAUAAUAUAAAUUCGACGAUUGG